AUGUCCGGGUCAAAUCAAGACCGGACAAAGCGUGUUGAUCUUAGUAUCAACCGCUUAAUUUCGCAACUUAUACCAGACGAUCCACGCUUGAGCGACGAAGAUGCACAAGAGAGACAUGACUUAUAUUUCGACGAGAUUAGACAACAACUAAAUCAACCCCGACCACCUCCCUUAGCCGACCAGAAUCAUGCAUCCGAACUUAUUAGACGAAGGUUGGUUCAAACGAACCCGAGCCAGGCUUUACGCUACUCCAAUCUUUACUCGAGGUUGCUGGCGCUGCCUGUCCUAACCCAAAAAUGGGCUAUACUAUACCUUCUCUAUCAAUUGGCCGACUCACCCGAUCCAACGGAGCCAGAUCCUGUCGCCUUUGCCGAAUUUCAGCAGGAGCAGGCCAAGCGGAGGAAACGAGAGGAAAGAGAAGAGUCAGGCCUAGGUGGUCCUUCCAACCAAGAAAGUUCCGAAUUAUAUAGACCAGAGCAGAGUUCGGACGAGUACCAUCCCACCGAACUUCGAGACGUGCUCAAGAAUCCAAAAGAUAUGAAAUCACACGACAGCGACUCUCGACGGCCCUCGACCGCUAGUGAUUAUAGACGUGCCAGGGGUGCGAGAGAAGAGACUCCAGGCCCUGCCAAGAGAGAUGUUGCCAUAAAAUCUAAGCUACUGGCUGAUAACUAUUGCGAUAUCGAACCUUCAGAGCCUGCUCUCCUACGAGAUCUACCCUAUACUCUGCAGGGUCUUUCCUCGACUACUCUCCCAUUUGGCAAAGAUGACUCUCUCAAGUUGCCUGCCACUCUCCCACCACCCCUAAUUGGACUUCUUCACACACUCGCUGAACCCUCACUACUCUACCGCACUCUCGAAGAAUUCGUCAAGACGCCCGCAAAGGGUCUCCUAGGCCAAAGUCUCCGCGCAGCUAUAAGUAACGAGUUACGCUCGUACUUAACGCUCGUGGCAACGCUGGAAGGCCAAAUCCGACGUGCAUUGUCUACUAUUGACGAAAAUGCUCCACGAAGUGGCAUUGGAAAGGCCGGCGUGACGUUGAAGCGUUGCGUGGUAUGGACUCGUGAAGCAACUAUGGGUCUACGACUUAUGAGCAUGAUUGCCGAAGAGUCUAAAAGCAAGAAAGGAGGUCAGCUCAUCACCCUGAUCCAUUCGUUAUCCUCUUCACACGGCGAUCCCAUAGUAGGCGCAUUCGCCGAGCGACUCCUAAUGCCUAUUACUCGUCCUUUCUAUGGCAUAUUAAGGCAAUGGAUAUACAAUGGAGAGCUCUCGGAUCCGUAUCUUGAGUUCUUCGUGCAAGAGCAGUCGGUAGAGGCCAUGCCCAAGGGCAAAUCGGGAUCUACCAAUGUUUGGGAGGAUAAAUACAUAUUAGCAGCAGACAUGGUCCCUUCCAUUAUGACGAGCGAGUUCUCUGAGAAGGUCUUUCUCAUUGGUAAAUCUCUUAACUUCAUCCACAACAGCUGCGGUGACGCCCAGUGGGUCGAAUCAUACUCCAAGGAAUCUUCUAGGGAGCUUCGAUACGGCGACACGGCCACCUUGGAGACAUGGAUCGACGAGGCGUAUAAAACUACAAUGCGCCGACUACUGCAUCUCAUGACCAACAAAUUCCAUCUCUUCGAGCACCUUCAGGCGUUGAAGAGCUAUAUUCUUCUUGGGCAGGGUGACUUUAUCGCCCUGCUGAUGGAGUCGCUCGCUGCAAACCUCGAUCGUCCAGCCGGUGCCCAAUACAGACACACUCUGACGGCGCAGCUCGAGCACGCUAUCCGCGGGUCCAAUGCGCAGUACGACUCCCCUGAGGUUUUGCGCCGUCUCGACGCACGUAUGCUGCAGCUCUCCCACGGUGACAUAGGCUGGGAUUGCUUCACGCUCGAAUACAAAAUCGACGCACCGGUUGACGUGGUCGUAUCCGACUGGGGCAAUCGGCAGUACCUCAAAGUGUUCAACUUCCUAUGGCGCAUCAAGCGCGUCGAGUUCGCCCUCUCAUCCACCUGGCGCAAGGUCACCACCGGUUCCCGUGGCGUUCUGCAGACUGAUCACCCAGCCGUUCGCCAGACCUGGAAGACCACCCGCGGCUUCCUGGCCGAGAUGGUCCACUUCGUCGGCCAGCUCCAGUACUAUAUCCUCUUCGAGGUUAUCGAGAGCUCAUGGACCGAGCUCCAGGAUAAGCUACACAAGGAGGACGCUACCCUCGACGACGUCAUCACCGCCCAUUCCAAUUACCUUAAUUCUAUCACUCACAAGGGUCUUCUAGGCGCCCGUCGCCGACGCUUCGUCUCAAAUGCCGGUGCUGCCGCUUCCGCAUCCAAUCCUGCGGCCGGCGCCGCCCCGGCCCCCGCCGAAGAAGACGACAACAGCUACAUGAUCCAGCUAGGCGAGCUAUUACGCACAAUGCUCGCGUACCGCGACUGCGUCGAUGGGCUAUACUCGUGGUCCGUGUCGGACUUCACCCAACGGCAGGAAGCCGAUCUCCGGCACACGAUCCCCACUGACGAUUCCGCUCCCAUCCCAGGGGGUCCGCACAGCGAGUUCCCGGCGCUGAGAGAGCGUCUGCGCCACCUGGGCGACCGCUUCCGCGCGAAGCUCCAGAUCCUGCUCGGCGACCUGGCCUAUCAAGCCGACGUCGACUUGCGCUUCCUUGGCGUCGCAAUGAAUUUUAACGAUGUCUAUCAGCCCGUGCGCCGUAAACCCAAGGGCACGCCUGCUGCGCCGGGUACGGCGCAGUCGAGUAAGAGUAGCGGUGGGAAGGAUGUCGAGAAAGAUGUCGAGAUGGGGGUUGGCGUUGGCGUUGGAGCUAGGAAGGCGGCUAAGGGGUGA